AUGCUUACCGGUGUGUAUCCUCCCACAUACGGAGAGAUCUAUCUGUGCGGACAGAAUUUGCAGAAGAAUCGAGAAAUGAUCCGGGAUCGUUUUGGCGUUUGCAGACAGGACGACCACUUCUGGGAUGGAUUUACGCCUGCAGAUAUGUUCAACGUUAUUGGACGGAUUUUGGGACUUUCGAAUGAAGAUAUCGAGAGCGAGAAGAGGCGCUUGCUGCAGCUGUUUAAGCUCUCCGCGGCCGAGAACAAGCCAAGUACCACGUUCUCUGGAGGCAUGAAGCGAAAAAUGACGAUCGCGCUGGCUUGCAUCAAGGGAUUCGACAUUCUGAUUUUGGAUGAGCCUACGAGCGGAAUGGAUCCGAUAUCGCGCUCGGAGCUGUGGAAUGUCUUGACCGAUUUGAAGAAGGACCAUACCAUUUUGCUGACCACCCAUUCGAUGGAAGAAGCCGAUGUGCUUUCGGAUACCGUCGGCAUCAUGUUCAAGGGUCGUCUGCGAGCUAUUGGAACGCCGAAUGGAAUGAAGAAGCACUACGGAAAGGGAUACAAGAUCGAUAUUUUGCUGAACGAGGGAACCAACGCGAACGAAAUCUUCGCGCUGAUGCAGCUAUCUGGUGAACAGCAACGUUAUUUCGUACACGCUCACAAAGUUGAGUAUCGGAAUUGACAAGGACGAUUUGAAAUUCAUGCCUCGAUUCCUCAAGGAUAUCAACUCCUGCUCUUGCACAAAGGAGUGGCUGAUCUCUCCUUCAACUAUGGACGAAGUGUUUAUUAAAGUGGUCGAGUCGAACACGCAAGUGGAGAACGCGGAUAACAUCAACAAGCUAGAGGAGCAGCGAGAAAAGCGAGCGCAAGUGAAGCUUUGUGAGAUUUGCCAUAUGAAUCCGGCAGAG